AUGGCCGUCCAGCUCGCCCGAUCCAUCUUAGCCGCCUGCGUCACCUGUGCAGCGAGUGGAGCCUUCACAGGGAUUGCCACCACGUACGGCCCGCCCAAUGGCGAGAACCCCCAAGGCGGCAACUGCGCCCUCAUGAAGUGGCUGCCGGUAGCCCCUCAGUUUCACGUGGCCAUCAACGACAACCAGUACGACUAUGGCGUCCACUGCGGACGAUGUGUGUCCGUCACGUGCGUCGACGCGCGGUGUCCAACCAAGCGCUCCGUCAUGGGCCAAAUCACAGACCGGUGCCCCGAGUGCAGCCACGGCGACCUCGACAUGAGCCUGCCCAUGUUCCAGCAAGUGACGGGGUUCACCACGGACCGCCUCGCGAUCAGUUGGGACUUUGUCGACUGUCCCGUGGCCGGUGGCGUCCAAGUGUGCGCCAAGUCCGGCAGCAGCAUCCACUGGUUGUACGUCCAGCCAGACAACGCCGUGAACGGCGUCAAGAGCAUGCGGAUCAACGGCGGGGACGCGCCGAUCUUUGCGUCGGCGUACUACUUCAUGUCGACGGUGCUGGGGACGGUGGACUUGAGUCGGACACAGGUCGAGAUGACGUCGCACAGUGGGGAAACGAUACGAGCGACGGUGGCGUUGGUGGCCGAUCAGUGCACGCAGAUUCCGCAGCAGUUCGGUGGUGGUGGCGCUCCGCCAUCGCCUCCAGUCACGCAACCACCGACCCAGCCACCGACGCAACCACCUACCCAGCCACCGACCCAGCCACCGACGCAACCACCGACCCAGCCACCGACGCAGCCACCGACGCAACCACCGACGCAACCACCGACCCAGCCACCGACGCAACCCCCGACCCAGCCACCGACGCAACCACCGACCCAGCCACCGACGCAACCACCGACCCAGCCACCACCAGCUACACACCAAACUACCCAAGCCGCGUUGACGCCGUCUCCAACUCGACCCCCCACAUCCUCUCCACCUUCUGCACCAACUCCAGAACCAACUUCGUCGAGUCCAUUCAUUUCAACUCCUGCACCUACUCGUGCACCGAUUCGUGCAUCUACCGUUGUACCUACGACGAUUGAAACUCCACAACUAUUCUCUACGGAGCUCGCGCCGACCCCUGCUCAACAAAAAAGUGUUGUACAAACUUCUCCACCACCCUGUACGACGUACUCAUCCACUUCCACGACAACACCAACUGGCGCACCGUCAACUGCGUUGCCUCUAGCGGCCCCACUACCCCGUUCGAAUUCAACUCCUCCUGCGCUGGACUCGAUCACAUCCCAGCCCAACUCAUCACCACCAGUGCCUACCCAGAUACCUUCAACAACUCUUGCUUUCGUCCAGUACCAGGAGGACGCCGUUCGCAGCCACUCUUCUGAAUCUUUAUCCAGUGGAGUCUCCACGAUGGUCCUUAUUACGUGCAUUGGGCUGGGCAUGGCCACUCUUGCCGCGGUACAUGUGGUUCGGCGAGCUCAUCUGCGCGCAUGGUCGCGCGACAACUCGAUGCCCAUUCUCGAAACUCCCAUGUUGUAA